AUGUUGCCGUUCGCCUUCUUGCUGGCUGCACCAGCCUCGGCUUUGACGCUACCCUCGUUUCUGCACGCCCAAGGCCCAGCGCAAUCACCACUUCGACCUCUUGAGCAUUCGCAGAAUUAUAAAUUCGAUCCACUGCUCCAUCUCCCGGGAAUAUCGCCCUACUUCGAUGCCAUCGGGUUCGGUCUCGAGCACACACCCCCAGUAGGAUGCAAUGUCACGGCGGCCAGUUACAUCAUCCGCCAUGGAGCCAUCUACUCCAACGACAAAGAGUACGAAGAGUACAUUAAGCCGUUUCUCUGGAAACUCGAAAAGCAUCGGCAGGGCUGGUCUGGGCCUUUGGCGUUUAUGAGCAAAUGGCAGUCACCAAUUUUGGAAGAUAAAUUGGAAGACCUGACGCCAUCCGGAGCUGAAGACGCAAAGGUUGUGGGAAAGCACUUGUUGCAGCGAUACCCGCACCUUGUGCCUGACACACAGAGAAUAUUGGCGGACAAGAAGAGCAGGACUUUUGACACUGCCAAGAACUUUAUUCGGGCUUUUCCUCAAGAAGAAGACAUUGAGAUUGUGCGCAUCACGGAAAACAAGAACGGAUCCAUGGAGUCGCUCAUCCCACACAAGUCCUGCAAGAACUUCUCAAAGAAGCCCGGUGAAAAGCAGCAGCAAAAGGUCAUUGAGCUCUACGGCAAGAGUGUUGCGAAGAGACUUUCACCGUAUGUGCCCUUUAAGCUGACUCCCAAGGAUGUCGUCGCCCUCCAGAUGCUGUGCGGCUACGAGUCGGCCAUCAAAGGCGAGCGCAGCCCAGUAUGCGAGCAGUUCACCGACUCGGAAUGGAUGGCAUACGAGUACGCGUGGGACCUCAAGUACGCAUACAUGGUUGGUCCUCUCAACCCACUAUCACCUUACCUUGGUUUCCCUUGGCUCCAAGCACAAUCCCAACUCUUUGAGCAUAUUGAAAAGCACAACACACCGGGCGACGGCUGGCCUGACCAGCAGCGUUUCUUCCUCGGCUUCACACACCGCGAAGUUCCUCCUUUCAUCGCCACCGCCCUCGGUCUCUUCAACAGCUCCUCGGACGCCGCCGAGCAAUUCCCCACCGAUCACAUCAAUUGGACGCGCGCCUGGAGAAUGAGCGAUCUCAUCCCUUUUCUCGGCCACGUCGGCAUGGAAAAAAUGACGUGUGAGAGAGGCGCUGAGCAUGGCGAUGGCCCAGGCGUCUACAUCAGGUUCAUUGCAAAUACCGCCCCGCGCCCAAUCCCCACGUGCCAGGACGGUCCUGGUGCGAGCUGUGAGUUUACACAGUUUCGCAAAAUGAUUGGCCGCGGUGCAAAGGCUCAUGAGGACUUUCACAAGGUGUGUGAUGGGAAGAAAUGCAAGGAUGCGGGGUGUGUUGAUGAAGAGUAGAGGUGUGCUGGACUGGAGUGUGGGGAGAUUUUGUUGUGUAAAUAGCUUAGGGACGAUAAGUUU